UUGUGAAGCACAAUUCUCUGUCUGCAAUGUUCAGCCUUGUGUUAGCUGUUUGCGUCUGCGUAGUGGUGAGUGGAAGAAGCCUUGAGACAAAUACGGGCUUACCCAAUGAUUACUUCACUACAAAGGAAAGAAAGGCAGAAUUCCAGCGAGAAUUUCUAGAACUUUUGAAAACGUUUGAAGAUAUCUUACCAGAAAUACAGGCUGAAUUUUUAUCUACAAAGUACCCAGUCGAACAAGAAACAACAGAGGAUUCGAAGUAUGCCGAAGACGCUUUCGGGAUAAGAAGUAGACGAUGCAGUACAUGCGGUUGCCAGAGCUUACCUAGCGAUCUAUCUGAGACUGGCGCAUACUCUUGGCUUGGAUUCGACCCAAAUGGUCCCGGAGAGUGGAGAGUAUCUCUUCAAAAUAUUUUCAAGGUGUUUGCUAUAAGAGACAUGGCUGACGAUAGCAAAGCCGAUGCUCAACGUGAAUUUCCAAAUAGUCUGCACAACGGGCAAGGCGAUGCCUUCCGUCAUGCCCUGUGGAUGUACCGAGUAACAAAGAGGUACGGAAGCUAUACAGCCAAGCAGUUCGGGGAUGCACACGAAGUUUCAAGCGUCAAUGUUCUGUCUGAACGACUGAUGGAUCUGUAUAAUAACAAAGUCGGUCGUUGUCUUGGCGAAAUAUCAUCCAAUCAUUCGCGCCGUGAUGUUGACGUUAUCAAAGACGCUAUAUCGUUGGGUCAUCUUCAGACAACCCUUGACUCGACUUACUCGGGAACCGCCACUGGCUCACACUAUUACGGUGGUCGUUAACUCCUCGAUCGUCGGUGACGUUGGUUACAGUAUUGACACAAUAGAAAAGAAAUAGUUUAAUAGUUUUCAUAUUGUAAACUGUAGUUUAGAAUGUUGUUGUCCAAAUAUAUUACUUCUUUUACACCAUUA